UGUUCGGGGAUCGGUGGUGCUGACUGAAGCCGCUUGCCUUUGCUCUCCGUCCUCGGCGGGCUGGUGCAGGGAGGGGCCAGCAUGGCGCGGCCGCCGACACCCGCUUCUUCUCCUUCUCCCGGACCGCAUUGGUAGCAGCCAGGCUUUUCCCUUCCUUCCUUCCUUCCUUCCUUCCUUCCUUCUGUCGUCGUCAGCGCCGCCAUCGUCCUCCGCUCCCGGUGGCUGGGCACCGUCCCUUGGGUGCUAUGGCCGCGGAAGUAGCCGGCCCCCCGGGCCUCCUCGUCCUCUGGCUCUUCCCGCCGCUUCUUUUGCUUCUCGGGGCGCCGGAGCCGUCAAGCGGAGAACUGAGAUCCCUGGCGGCGUCGGCGUCGGGGGUGGAAUCGCUGCUGGAGGAGUUCCGCCGCCAGCUCCAGCUCGAGCGGGAUCCCUCCGAGCUGGAGGAAGUGGCCGGACGCUGCCGAGGAAGAGGGACUGAAGGACCAGCCGGCACCGGCGGGAGUUUCUUCUCGGUCAGGUCCGACUCCAUCAUCCGCACCAAGGACUCCAUCGCGGCGGGGGCCACGUUCCUGGGCUCUCCGGGCUCGGUGGACGGUCCCAGGCAUUGCCUGGAUGCCUGCUGCGCCGAUGCCCUCUGCACCCUCGCCGUCUUGCAGCAGCAGCAGCAGCAGCAGCAGCAGCCGGCCUCGGUCCGCUGCUAUCUCUUCAACUGCACCUACCGCGGCCGCGCGGUCUGUGUCUUCUCCCCUCAGCGCGGCUACAACAGCUACUUCCUGGAACCCACCCGCCACUCUCCGCCUUUGGAAACUGAUGAGCCUCCUCUUAGCAAGGCAGGAGAAGAUAUUAUUCUUCAAUUACCUGUUGACUGGGUUAUUCUGGAUGGCAGAGAAAGUGUGGAUGACCAUGGAAUCACACGAUAUGAGUGGACAUUACUUCAAGGUGCAUCUUCCGUUGAUAUGCAGGUACCUCAGCCAGGAACACUGAAGCUCUCUCAUAUGGCAGAAGGGAAAUACACACUACAGCUGACCGUGACUGACACAGCUGGCCAAAGGAGUUCAGAUAACGUCUCAGUGACGGUACUUCCAAUGAUUCAUUCUGAAUUAGGUUGCAUUGGCAAAUGUUCCCGAUACCAGUUCCUCUGUGAUGACGGCUGCUGCAUUGACAUCACUUAUGCUUGUGAUGGAGAGAACCACUGCCCUGAUGGGUCAGAUGAAGCUUUUUGCCAUAAAUAUAAUUCAGGACAGAAUGCAAUAACUCACAUAGACACUAUUCAACAAAAUUCAGUUGAAUUAAUGAAAAAAGCCAACAAGGAUCUUACAUUUGAAAUCACCCAGACAAGUACACUAAGCAGUCAAGUACUUGAACCAGAGAAAAUCAAACAAUCACCCUCUCAGGGACUACAGAAACACGUUACAGGGUUUAUACCAGAGCAGUGCUUGCUCCCCCUAGCCACUGGUUCGUGCAACAGACACCUCUCUCGCUGGCAUUUUGAUGCUUUUUCAGGCACUUGCAUGCAUUUCAUCUAUGGUGGUUGCAAAGGCAAUGAAAACAACUUUCUUCAAGAAUCUGAUUGUCUUGCUGAAUGUGUAAAAGUUCAUGAUUUUAGAAUCUCAGGGAAAGACACAGAUAAGAAUGACAAUGGUAUUGUGAGCUUGAAGAGAACUCAGAUUGAAAAGAGCCUUCCAGUCCCAGAAACAGGUGCUGUACUUCCACUGGCUUUGGGGUUAGCCAUCACUGCUUUGCUGCUGCUCAUGGUCACUUGCCGUUUGCGUUUAGUCCGGCAGAAAUUAAAGAAAGCGCGCCCCACUACAUCUGAGGAGUCAGAUUACCUCAUAAAUGGAAUGUAUCUCUAGAGCAAGAUUCAAGAUACUCUUUUUUGCUAUCAAGCUUUCUCACAAAAGUGUGCCUCUUGCAUCUCAUAAACUGUGUUACCAAAAUCAGCCGUUUCCCCAAAAUUUUCUUUCAAGGCCUGACAGAUGAACACCAUUUGAUUUUCAAAUUUGGUAACUUGGAAGAUGUGUGGAUUUCAACUCCUGGAGUUUCCCAACCAGCAUGGAAUUCCAGGAGUUGACAUCUAGUCAAAUGCCAAGGUUAAAAAAUACUGAUGUACAGUGGUAAUGGCAUGUGGUAUCUUUCACCAACAUGGUGUCCUCCAGGUAUUUUGAUCUACAAUGCUUUUCAUCCCCAAGCCAACAAGAGGCUCUAGAAUGGAAUAAUUUUAAGAAUAGCCUAUGAUGGAGGUAUGAGCUAAUGCAAUUUAUCUGUUGCAAUCCCACCAAAACAAAAUCAUAUUACUGGUGAACAAGUGCAAUGCCACUACAGCUUAAAAUACUUUUAGCGUACAAAAGAUUUUCUUUUAAACUUAUCCUCUCUUUGCACUCUUUAGCCAUCUCUGUUUUGCGAACUAAUUUUGUGUGGUGAUAAAAUCCAAUUUGAAACACUGGAAGCUAGUGGUUGAUCCAUGCUCCUGGCAAUAGCAUGAUGUCCUGUUGCAGUGGUCCACAUCACAGCAGAUACCGACACAGCAGUCACAUCUAAUCCAAAUAUGUAUUUUUGUUAGAGCUUUGACUCAUUAUAGGGAAUUACUUUCCAAACUUGUAGAGCUCGCUUUUCUUUUAAUGUGACAUUAUGAUCUAGUCAAAGUAUUUUCCCAUGAAAAAUUGCACUUGGAAUAUAUAAAUGGAGACUUGGAAUUCAUGCUUCAGCUUCCUUUUCUACAAUGAAUGCAGGCAGACACUAUACACCUAAAAGCAUUCUAUUGGUUUCCACAGGUUGGGGUCAGGGGAUGCAAGAGAGAUUACAUGAUGGAAAUGAUGUACUGUGCAUCACAUAUAACAUGUUGCGUGAUAAAAAUGACACAAUUUGCAUCCUGUGUGCGAUGUCAUUACACCUGAAAAAUCAUUUUGACUUCUAUUGAAUGGCUAUGAAGUAACCCAUUCCUCUUAAUGAACUAGGAAAUCAGGCAUACAGUUCUCAUUAUGUCACAUGACCGUUCUGACAUCCACAGUACUUUGCCUUGUUCCUCAGUGCAGCCAGGUUCUGCUCGAUUGUAAUCAGACAGUACUAGAUCAUCUAUGAAAACUGCAGUCUCAAAUUAUGCACUGGAAAUCUUUUGUUUGCAGUGGAGCACCAAUUUUAGUUUCUCCUUUACCUCUGAGGAAGGCACGACAGUUUCACUGUAUUACUUAAAUUAGCUACUCUAUUUUAAUCUUCCAAUGUUGGAGAUAAAUAUAACCUUAGGCUUAUAUUUCUUUCUCCUUACAGCUUUCCAAUCUUUUCUAUUUUCAUUUCUGCCUUUUCAAAACACUUUAAGAAUAUCUGUAACUCUAAUCUUCAGAGUACACAGGCAUGUGAAUUAAGCACUGUAUGCGUCCACAAUUCUUUAAAGCAGCUAUAUGUAAGCUUAUGGGAAGCUGCAAAGGAAGCAUGCAUGUUUUAAAGAGUUGCAGAUAAAUCCUUUAUUCAAUGCUUUUGCUUACUCCAAAGCACCUUAUUGGAAUUGAACCUGAAGCGCUGCACAUUCCUAAUUAAAAGUAGCAGUACAAAUAAGCCAUCAAUAAAUGAGCAGUACAAUUUAGCCAUCAUUUCAAAUAAGUUAAUAAAAAAAACCCACUCAAGUUUAUCUACUCAUUUAGUUUAUAUAAUUUCAAAUGUUGAAAUAGCUAAAUCAGAAAUCUUUUGUUUACCCGCUUUCUUGUUUUAAAACAUUUCUUGCUUGCCAUUCUAUAUGGAUAUUUACCUUUUCCAUUGAAAUAUAUAUGGUAAGUAGACCAGGCCUGUAUUGGCAAUAGAAUCUCAGAUUGCUAAGGGCAAAUAGCGCAUAACAGGGGAAAGAUGCUCUAUUUUGAAAGGUUCCUUUAAAUACUAAAUUCCAAAAGCCUAACAUUUAGAUAAGGAGCUGAAACUGUUUUGUAAUUAUUCAGUUGUAGGGAGUAUUGCUUCUAUCAAUAAAAAAACAAUAUGCCUGAAGUUUUUAAUACUCAUAUUAAAAGUUCAGGAUUCUGUUAACUGUCACACAGAAAUUUAGCAACUUCUUGCAGUUUCAAUUAAUAAACUUUUCAUAAAGCUUUAAGUUAUCAUCAAUUAAAAAGUUCAUCCAAUUGUCUUAAGGACUAAAAGUAUGCCUUGGCUUAAACAUAUAUUGCAAAGUACUUCUGUGUAUCAGUUUUUGUAAGCUAUCUUUCCUCUUCACCAAACGUAUGUCAGCUGAUUCAUCUGGAUUUAGAGAUAAAGACAACAUUAAACAUGACAGCUACUUCCUAAAUAAUUAGGGUUGUAAAGCAUUUCAGAUUCAAAGGGAAAAAACAUGUAAGUGUGCACAAGCCUCAACACUUGUUCACAACACAUUAAACUAAAUGUGUCUUUUCCCAGGAUUGCAGUUAUGAAGGACAAUUGUACAGUUCCAGGAAAAGUCACAGCUUUUUAAAAAAUUGUCAACACAUAAAUGCCUUUAUGUGCUUUUUCCUCCUCAGAUCCAAUGUGCUGUUUAGUUCUAAAAGCAGUAUCUUUUCUUAAGUAAUACAAAAUAUGUGCUUCCUAAUUCAUCUCCAGUGGACUGGAGCAUGAAUAGAGAGGUAUUUGAAUAAAAUGGAGUAACAGAAUCAUCAAAAAAUAUUCUGACAUGCUUAGUCAGGUUUUUCAUUAAAACCUAACAUGAAAAAGCUAGAAUUGUAAGAUAAAAUCUUCUAUUUUUAUGAUCCAUAACAACACGUUGUUUGCCGCUUAAUAUAUCAUCCCAGUUUGUUUUUUUCAAAGACAUCCUCCAUUUCAGUACUAAGACUCGCUGUCCUUCCCUAUGUCAGUCCUCCCUACAUUCAAUACAAUACUUUGUCAUUAUGCUGCACUGUGCACCAAUCAUUUUGUAGAACAGUAGGAAAAUAAAGAGUCAUUACACACUGUGAAACACUGAUUAAAACUACAGCUCUUUUAAGUCAAUUUAAAUAGACCUAAAGCAGAAAAAUAAUACAUAAUGAAGACUGGCUUGUCUAAAAGUAUUUUUUUCUAUUUUCACAUAUAACCCAAAAGAACUUAGGACUAUAUAUAAUGAACAGUCCAUCCUCUUCUGUUUUCUGAUGCUUUAUAUGUGCCACUAAUUGAAAGCUGAGGAUUUAAACACCAAAACAUGAAGAGCAGUUCUUACAGACAUAAUAAUGCCAGUAUAUUCAUCUCCAGAUUUCAACAUUCUCCACAAUGAUUCAUAUUAUCCGCAAAACGAUUAGUUAUUUCCACCCCUUUUUUUAGCUUUUUAUUUCUGACUGGCAUUAGAUUUCUUCCCAGAACUGUGUAACCUGAACUCUUUUAAAUUUAAAAUCUGUGUUUAUAAUGCUUAAACCUAGCUAUUUCCCUAAACCUGCAUUAGCUCAUGUUUUAUAAAGGCCAUAUGAAGUCAGGAUUUCAAUAAUUCAAGUAACAUUUUAAAGCUGACUCCUCUGUAAUUAUAAAAUAUUUAUUUAAUUAGGGUUAAUUCAUUAUAUGCAGUAGUAGUUCUAGAAAAUUAAAGAAUGGAUGCUACACCCAAAGUAUUUCAUGUAACUUUUUACUACCCUAUAUAUUUGACUAUAAAUGUUACAUGGCUUCAUAAAUUAGUUGCGGAGUACAAAUUAACUGUUAAACAACUAUUAUAAAUUAAAUGUAUAAAAUUAUUUAUAGAAGGUCAUUGAGUUAUUUAAAUAAAAUAUGUUUUUGUGACUCUAAUUGGUGAUAAAGAAAAUGAGGGAGAAUAGUUGUUUUUAUUCAAUUAGGGAAAGAGCAAAAUUUGCAUCUCUUUCAGAAGACUUUGGGUUAAGGUUUUUUUUUUUGUUUUUUUUAAAAGCUUCCUUUUUCUCAAAGUUAUUCUAGUCAAAUCCCAAAUAAAUUAUUUUGUCCAAAACAAAUCCCAAAUAAAUUAUUUUGUUCAAAGCAAUACCUAAAAUGGCUUCCCAAGUAGAUCAUCAGAGAUUCAGGAUUAACAAAUUGAAAUAUUUGGUGUAUUCACACAUUUUUUCAAAUGGCAUCUAAUUGCUAUGAAGAUGACUUAAAUUUGAAUUGCUUUUUAAAAUCAGAAUCAUUGGGCUUUCCUUGUAUCAUGAGUGUGUAUAUUCAUUUUUCACUGAACAAAAUAGACUUCAGAAGUUGUUAUAGAAAUGUAUAGGCUUAUUCAUCAAUGUAAUUGACAUUGCUAUCAUAUGGAAUAACAGUUGAAUUUAAAGCACAUGGUUCUUUCCCAGAAUCUGUUAAAGGUUAGUGGGGUUGGAUUAUUUAGUCUUUGUAAUAUUUUUAGCUGUUUUCUGGGACACUUCAGAAACUCUGAAGCUGGUUGAUCAGUACAGUUUUUCCAAUGCAAGAUGACUUCUAUAUAGGGGAAAGUGAAUUAUUGGUAGAAAUAUUUUAGCAACCUCUCAACUACCCAAGAGAUCUCUAUUGAAAACAUUAUUUGCCACACCUUUUUGUUUUUGAUUUUAUUUGGCAAAGCAGUACUGUGAACUGUUCAAUGAUUAGGACAUAACUUACACAGUAAUUGUUAUAUUACACUCAAGGUACUUCAAGUCUGUAAAUCAUCUAGAAAUAAUACUCAGCUAUGAAUUUCUUAGCUAUGCUACAAGGAAAGAACUAUGUUAGUUAUGUCCAUCCUGAACAGUGACAUAAAAUAAAUGUUAUUCUUGUUGAUGCUUCCAAAUGGAUAUACAUGUCUGAUUUCCUGAAUGAGAAGAAAAGCUGCUGAUUGUAUAUGCUACAUGCUAGUCUAUAAAUACCACGUUGAUAGCUUUGAAAAAAUUCAUCUCAUUUUAGUAGGAUCUAGGAGUCAGCUGAACACAAAUCUUAAGUGUGCAGAUAGCAUAAGAAAGUGCAGGUAAGCAGUUUGAUGAACAAACAUUAGAGCUGAAAUGGUUAGAAAGUUUCCGAAUUGUAAAUUGCAGAUACAUUUGCUUAUCUGCAGAAAUAUAUCACUAACAGAUGAAAAUAAGGGCAUAUUAAAAGGAAACAAUUUGCCCAGGUUUAAUUUUUUUCCAUCAGUCCAUUAUCAAACUUGCAUUAAACCUCUACAAAAUUAAAAAAAAA